GCGAGAGUCUGAAAUUGAUGUUGCUCAAUGCUCAUCACACAGUACAUAUUUCGAACGAAAUGUAUUAAGAAGUAAAGUUCUGAGCUUCAUUUCCGAUGUCAAUACCUUUUCCUACAAGAUUAUUAUUUUUUAUUCCGAAAAAAGAUGAUCUCCCGAUGAUAGUUUAGUUGAAACAUAACUUAUUUAUAGUCACGAUGAAGCGAUUUGUGAUCUUCAUUUGCUAUGUAAUUUUAAAUUUCUUGAAUAGUUCACUAGUGAAAGCUGUAUUACCUUGUUCAAAUGUCAAAUAUGCUUAUACAGCGAAAGGUUUUGAUGACGGAGAUGUACCUACUGCAGCAAUAUCUGGAGAACAUCUUAGGAUAUGUGAAAGAGGCCUUACUUGUUGCACGGAGGAAAUGGAGCACAAAUUAAGUACUCAUAGUCGAGCUGAAUUCGAUAAACUUUUACAUAACACCAUUGGGGAGCUGAAAGAAUUAUUUGAGUUCCAUACCCAAAAAUUUGAUGACUUUUUCCGAGAUCUACUAAAAGUUUCCAGGAGAGGAUUUCAUGAUAUGUUUGUUCGUACCUAUGGCCAACUUUAUGAACAAAAUUCUUAUUUAUUCUCUACAAUGUUUGAUGAUUUAGAAAAGUAUUAUGCUACUGGUGGAGUAGAUCUGGUAGAUGCUAUGGAUGCUUUUUUUCACAGACUUUAUGGAAAAAUGUUUCAGGUUUUAAAUGCACAGCAUCGAUUUGACAAUCGGUACUUAGAAUGUGUGCGAGAUCAAAUGAAUGAGUUGAAGCCUUUUGGUGAUGUUCCUAACAAAUUAAUAUUAGAUAUCAAAAGGUCAUUUGUAGCUACCAGAACAUUUGUGCAAGCCUUGUCUGUAGGGAAGGAUGUAGUUAGGAGCAUUAUGGAGGUGCGCCCUACUCCUGAAUGCAGCCGUUCCUUAAUGAAAAUGGCUUAUUGUCCUCAUUGUCAUGGGUUACCUGACCUUAAACCUUGUUCACCUUAUUGUCUUUAUGUUCUUAAUAACUGUCUCCAUAAUCAUAUUGCUUUUGGUACUGACUGGAGUUCUUUUAUAGAUUCCUUGAUCAAUUUGGUUUCAAGAUUAGAAAACUCAUACAACAUUGAAUCUGUUUUGGAGCCUAUUGAUAUAAAAAUAUCGGAAGCAAUAAUGAAUUUUCAAGAAAAUGGCAUGGCAAUCUCAAAGAAAAUAUUUCAUAAAUGUGGAAAACCACGACUUGGAAGGAGAGAUAUUUCUAAUCAAGAAAUUAAUUUAGAAAAAUUAAAGUUUAUGCAUAAUCACGCAGCCCGUCCAACAACUGCAGCUGGAACAAGCAUCGAAAGAUUGGUUGAUAAUUUAAAGAAGAAAACUAAAAAAAUUAAAAAAUUUUGGCAAGAACUUCCUCUUAAGAUGUGUAGUCAUUCUCAGAUGGAAGAAGGAUCUGAAGGCUGUUGGGAUGGUAAUGGUCAAACAAGGAAUAUUAACAUAUCUGUGAAGAAUCUUCUUCCAUUUAAAGACUCGAUGACAUCGGUGGAAAAUGCAGUUAUCAAUCAACAAAUUCUCACCUUAAAUUUAAUAACUACAAAACUCUCUCAUGCAUACAGAGGCCUUGAUGUUGAAUGGGAAGAUUCUGAUGAGCUAUCUAGUGGCAGUGGGAGUGGAAGUGGUUUUGGAAAAGAGUCAACUGCAGACUUUGAAGAUUUAUUUUUCAGUGUACCAAGUGCCAAACCUACAGAUAAAUCCUUGCCAUCACAACAAACACCCACAAAAGAAUCUUCUGCCGCUUUUCAUUUAGUUAGCAUUAAAAUGUUGUUCAUGUUAUUUAUGUUUACUUUGUACAUCAGAUAAUAAACUAUCUGUGUGCAUAAAUCAUUUAUACGUAUAAUUGCAAAUAAUGAUUAUUAAGUACUCUUUUUAAAGAUGUUUUGUAGUUAUUGGGACUUUAGAUGAAGAAACCAUAUUUUUAUACCAUUGCAUAUCAUGAAUCAUUUUUAGCCUUAAAUCAUGCUUGUAUAUAUGAUGAUUUUUACACAUUGUAUCCAUAUCAUUUUCAAAAAACUUUUCUAUGUUGCAUAUCUAUACAUUAUUUAAUGUUAAUUUCUAUGUUUUAUGUUUCAAUGGCAACUUAUUUUCGUUAAGAUGAUACAAUAUUAAAAUCCUUCUUCUAUUACUGCUUUUAUUUGUAAAAUGUUUUGCUAGCGUAUUGGUAAUAUAAAGAAUUAUUGGUCAUGCUUUAAUCUGUUUUGACUAAUAUUCAAAAUUUCAGAAGGUGCAUUUUGUUUUCUUUACAUAAAACGUAUGUCAAAUUACUGAAUUUUGACAAUCAAAAUUUGGUUCUUACUACUGAUGACAAAUCUAGUUAACUACUGUUUGAAUGUGUAACGAGGUACUCUUUAAUGAAGCAACUCUUUUAUUAACUUACAAAGGUGCAAUUUACAGUAUUAUGGAAGGUACUGAGAAAACUGGUAUCUUCCUGAAGGGACAUUGAAACAUUGCUUCAUAUUUUUACACUUUAAUCUACUUUUAAAUGUUAUUCUAAUCUUUUGUACUGCUGUGUCUUUAAAACAUUUUUAGACAUUUAGUUUCAAUGCAGACUUGUUCCUUACUACUGCUUUGCUGUUGUUUAUAUUAUAAAAUUUGUUCUUUUUAAUAAAAUAUUUUGUUGAAUACUUUUAUAUGUAAAGACUUGAUAAUGACUUGCUGGUUAAGUCUGACAUUUACCCUACAGUAAGAUAUUUAUGACUUUUUUUUUCUUUUCAAUUCAUUAAAAUAAAAUCAAAUUCCCUAAGAGAUCUUAGAAGCUAUUGAUUGUAUUAGUGUGCAUGUGGAAUCAACCAAAUAUUCUGUAUGUCUUGGGUUUGAAUGUAUAUUUGUUUUUUGUUUAAUGAAAAAUGUUCUGUUUAUUUAUUAUGACAUUUUUGUUAAUGUUUUUAUAUUUGCAUCAACAAAAUUGUUUUCAGAGCUUUAUAGGGAUAUACACAUUUGUAUUAAAAUAUUAUUUUAAAAGUUUUUUUUUCUUUUCACUUUUUGAAAUUUAUGUAUUCACGUGCAUUUUGUUACAGUCACACAUAGAAUAUUUAUUCAAAUGAAUGCAAUAAAAAUGCUUGGUGUUAUUUAUUUCAUUUUUAAAACUGGGACCUAAAUUAGUUUGAUUUCAUUUCUACUAGCAUUCAACAUCUUGUUGAUAUUAAUGUUUCAUAUUAUGUUGUGCAUUUUCAAUUUUAUUUAUGGCUGCUAUUUCAUUUCAAAUGUUAAAAUAUGCAUGUAUUUAUGCUACUUAAUUUUCCAACUUGUGUUCACAUUUUACCUGUUUUUACUUUUUGGUAAGUUUUUACCACGCUUAGUUGUGAGAUCUCAGGUACAAAAUGACUCACCAAUUAUUUAACUGCUUACCUUUUCUAUUGAUACAUCCUAUUUAUUUAUUUCCUUUUAGCAUUUAGGUGCUGAAGUUUCUAGCAUUGUGAUUCUAUAUUUUAAGAACUUGCAAUUUAGAAUUUUUUUUUAUUGUCUAAUUUUUUAGAUUGUUUUUAAAUAAAAUGAAUGUUUAUUAUUU